AUGCCUUGGCAAAGCUUGAUUUUUCUGUUUUACGCUCCUGGGUUUCUGGUGCAAACGCUGCCAGGAGUCACCACGGCCACAUGUCCAUCCGGACCACCUGGGCCGAGUUAUUCACUUGCAGGGUGGACGCUGACGAAUUUCCUCUACAUGGUGUACGAUGAAAUCCUCCCAAGCGGCCAGAACGCCACAACGGCAUGGGUGACCUUCGACCUGGUAGGCGGCUUUAGCAACCAGCCCGUGCAUUGUGAGACAACAGGGCAGGAAUUCGUUGCAAACUACACGGGACCAUUGAAAGACAACAGGUGGAGGUCCUGUGUCCCGAAAAACGAAACCUCCGGUGCAGGAUACAGCACUAUGUUCCGGUAUAACCCGGACGAUUCGUGGGACGUGGUCACUCUCUGGGAGACAUCAACCUGCGGGACGGACCCAAAGCAGAUCCAUGAGGUUCUGUUUAAAGGGGACGUGACGGAGAACUACUUCGUCACCAACCAAGGAGACCGUCCGGCACCACCGCCCGGAGGCACCAACGUCCAGAUGUGGAAACGAACCUACUAUGACACGUACCAGGUCGAGGGUACAUUCACGCUCGUGGAUCCGCCGCCCACAACGUCCUGCAGCCUCGACCAACCGCCCGCCUGCCUGCCGAAUCCGGGCUUCCGCACCCACUUCACCCUGCUCAACCUGGCCGACAACUACUCGGUCGUGUGCGACGCGUUCACCAGCGACCUGCCGAUCCUGCAGAACUCGACCGAUCCGUGGAACGUCUGCGGCGUGGACCCGGACGACGCGCCGUUUCUGCCGCCGACCUGGUUUCGCAUGGACAGGGCGACCCACAUGCUGAGCCUCAACCAGACCUGGCUCUGCGAGACGGACGACGGCGAUUUGACCAAGGUCACCGCGACACUUGUUCCGUGA